UUUCCCCGGCCGAGAACGGGUCGCCUUGCAGCACGCUCUCUGUUUCAAGGCGUAUCCGGAAAGGGUCCUGUACUGGCUGGCACACAGAGAGGUGCCCAGGCGGAGAUGCUGCUGAUGCUGGCCAACACCAGUACCCUGCUGGUCUGCUCGGUGCUCAAAGUGCCCCAAAUCAUCACCGUCAUCUCGGCGAAAACUGCCCGAGGGCUCAGUGUCCGGAGCCUGCUCCUAGAGCUCAUCGGGUUUUCGAUUUUCCUGACAUACCAGACUUACUACGGGUACCCAUUGACAACAUACUUGGAGUAUCCAGUCUUAAUUCUACAAGAUGUUAUUCUCUUAAUGUGUGUUCUCUUUUAUAAUGGAAACAUUGGAACAGCUUUACCGUACACAAUCCUAUUUAUCAUUGGUUGGCGUCUGUUAACAAUCCAUAAGUUAGUCAUAGACUUAGCUAUGAGUCUGUCCAUAUGUAUUGGUGCAUUAAGUAAAUACGCUCAACUCCAGUCCUUGUGGAAGACACAUGAUUCUGAACAAGUCAGUGCCCUGACAUGGAGCCUGGGAAUCUAUACUGUAUGCGUUCUUAUACGUUAUACCGUUAUUGGUGUGUUGAAUAUGUGGGUUUUGACCACCAUAAUGUACUACAGGAAGACUGGAAAGAGAAGGGAGUAAAUGUGGCGAGGAGCAGCACCCUGGUGAACUGGUUUUCUGGACUAAGUCAAAGAUGUGGCCUUGGUGAAAUUUGAGAAACUGCACUUUACAAUGUAUCACAAUAGAAUAAUGACUCCAAAUAAAGCAACCAAAUAUGCUGAGUGAAUUUUGGAUCUGUCAAGUGAACACAUUGAUAUAGCCAUCAUUCUGAACCCUUGGCAUAGUUCAUGAGUGAGUAAAUUAUACUGUCAAUGACUUGUUAAAAUCAUUAAAUGAUUAAAGUAGAAGGUUAUUGUCUAUCUGUCAUCAGUACGAUGUUGAGAAAUUUACAGCAGCUCAAUGGAUGAGAAUAAUGUUAAGAUUAUUUUAAAACCUUAGACGAAAACAGAAAUUGCUGGUGUAACUCAGCAGAUCUGGCAGUAUCAGCAGCAAGAAAGCGGAAUUAACAUUUUCAGUUGGUGACUCUCAACAGAAUGGAGAAUGAAAAGUCAAUGGAACUGAAAUGUUCACUCUGCUUUCUUCCCACAGAUGUUGCCAGACCUGCUGAGUUUCACCAGCAAUUUUUAUCUUUGUUUCAGAUCUCCAGCGUCCAUAAUUUUUUAUUUCAUAACCUUACACUUUGAGUAGUUCACAGCUAGCCAAAGUGAGAUAAAAUUAAUAAAUGAAGGUAUUUACUACAGUAACAACAUUGUAAUAGUAAUAAGCACAAGCACUAGUUUAUAACCUGUUAAGUCAAAACUUUAAGGACAGAGCUGUGUAAAAGCUUUGUGGUGAGCAUCUAUGAUCUGCAGACAAAAUCCCAGAACACUCUAUAGGCCAAUAUAGGUGAAAACUGAACUGAGGUUAUCCUUUAUUACAGAUAUUAUCUGUUAUAUUCACAAAAGCUACUAAAUGUAAGUUUUCCCAUAAGCGUUUAAUACAAAAUUACAGUAUAGUCAAGAUAUAACACAAUGUUAACAAUGUGUGAAGCUGGAUGAACACAGCUUUUGUGCUCCUGAGAUGCUGCUUGGCCUGCUGUGUUCAUCCAGCUCCACACUUUGUUAUCUUGGAUUCUCCAGCAUCUGCAGUUCCCAUUAUCACUGAUAACACAAUGUUGACUGGUCUUCAAUCACUGAGUGGUGAAAUGCCACAGAGCUGGGCUAUGACAUUGUUACUGUAACUUUGAAUCCAAAUGAGAUGGUGCAAUAGGAAGAGCUGAGGGGAUAGUCAUUCCACUUAUUUAUACUGACAGCCAGACCAAAAUUAGGCACAAGGAGAUACAUUUGUAGAUGAUGUUUACAUCACAUGACCUAAGGUUAAAAGCAGAUCAAUCAGGAAUAAAACUUGAAGAUCUGAGACAAAAUACAAAAGCAGUCUCUGUAGGUAGUCCAGUAAUGCUUGGGGUGGUAAUGAACAGGACUGAAUGAGGCCAUUUGAGGAAUAGUCUAUAAAGAGAAAUCAGUGUUGUAAAAGGGAAAAUGAGUUCAAUGAGAAAUUCUGAAGAAGUGUCCUGACCCAAAAUGUCAGUUUUCCUGCUCCUCCGAUGGUGUCUGGCCUGCUGUGUUCUUCUAGCUCCUCACUAUUAGCUCUACUUCGAGCAUCAGCAGUUUUUACUAUCGCUGAAGAGAUUGUUGUGGCCUUGACAGAGAUCAUUAUAAGACCAUAAGACAUAGGAGUGGAAGUAAGGCCAUUCAGCCCAUCGAGCCCACUCCAUUUAAAUCAUGGCUGAUGGGCAUUUCAACUCCACUUCCCUGCACUCUCCCUGGAGCCCUUGAUUCCUUGUGAGAUCAAGAAUUUAUCGAUCUCUCCCUUGAAGGUAUCCAACGUCCAGCCUCCACUGCACUCUGCAGCAAUGAAUUCCACAAGCCCACCACUCUCUGGCUGAAGAAAUGUCGUCUCAUUUCCAUUUUAAAUUUACCCCCUCUAAUUCUAAGGCUGUGCCCACGGGUCCUAGUCUCCCCGCCUAACGGAAACACCUUCCCAGUGUCCACUUUUUCUAAGCCAUACAUUAUCUUGUAAGUUUCUAUUAGAUCUCACCUCAAUCUUCUAAACUCUAAUGAGUACAAUCCCAGGAUCCUUAGCCGUUCAUCAUACGUUAAACCUACCAUUCCAGGGAUCAUCCGUGUGAAUCUCUGCUGGACACGGUCCAGGGCUAGCAUGUCCUUCCUGAGGUGUGGGGCCCAAAAUUAGACACAGUCCAAUUAUAUUCUCUUUAACCACAGGGGAGGUCCCAGAAGACUGCAGAAUAGCUAAUGUUCCUUUUCUUCAAGGAGGGCAACAGGGAUCAUCCUGGAAACUAUAGGCCAGUGAACUGUACAUCAGUGACAGGAAAAUUAUUGGAGAAGAUUCUUAGUAAAAGGGUAUACUUGCAUUUGGAGAAGAAUGGGUUUAUUGGAGGUAGUGUAGCUUAUGCACAGGAGGUCACAUCUCACAAAUUUGAUUGAGUUUUUUGAGGAAGUGAUCUUGAUGAUCAAGGCAGGUAAGGCAGUGGACGUUGUCUACAUGGACUUUUACUAAAGCAUUUGACAAGGCCCCUCACAGGAGGUUGGUUCAGAAGGUUAAAUCACAUGGAAUCAAUGAUGAGUUGUCAAAUUGGAUACAAAAUUGGCUUGGCUAUACAAGACAGUGUUGUUGUGGAGGAGUGUUUUUCUAACUAGAGGUCUGUAACUUCUGGUGUUCCGACAGGUCUUACUGAGAGCUGUAUUUGUAAUAUAAUAAUUGAUUUGGAUGAAAAUGUCGACGGCCUGAUUAAUAAGUUUGUAGUUGACACGUAAAUUGGUGGUGUUGUGGAUAGUGAGGGAGAAUAGCAAAGGAUGCAGCAGGAUUUGCUGGAAAGGUGGGUGGAGAAGUGGCAGAUGGAGUUUAAUCCUGACAAGUGUGAGGUGAUACAUUUCAGUGGUCAAAUGGAGGAGGAAAGUGCACAAUAAAUGGCCAGACCCUAAGGAGCAUUGAUAUAUAGGGGGAUCCUGGGGUCUAAGUCCAUGGUUCCGUGAAAGUGGCAACACAAGUGGAUAAGGUGGUUUAAAAAAAAGUACACUUUUCUUGGAGCACUGAAUAUAAAAAUUGGCAGGUCGUGUUGCAAAUUUAAAAGACUUUGGUCAGGCCACAUUUGGAGUAUUUGGUCUAAUUCUGGUUGCUGCAUUGCAGAAAAGAGAUGGAGACUUUGGAGAGGGUGCAGAAGAGGUUUAGUAGGAUGCUGCCUGGAUUGGAGGAUAGUAGCUAUCAGGAGGGCUUGAACAAAUUUGGAUUUUUCUUCCUAGACUGUUGAAGUCUGAGAGAUGACCUGAUAGAAAGAUAUUAAAUUGAGAUGCAUGAAUAAGGUGGUUAGUCAGAGUCUCCCAGAGACAUGGUGGGCCAAAGGGCCUGUUCCAAUGCUGUACUGUUCUGUUCUAGAACAGUAGAAAUUUAGAUUUAAGUGAGAAUGGGAAAGUAAAUAUUAACUAUAAAAUGGACUAUACAGAAACUUCAGAACUUUGAAAUGAGUGCACGUAAAUUCUCAUAUAUACACUGUCACUCCAGACAAAUGGGUAGUGUAAAAGAAGUAAUGAGCAAUUCAUAGUUAGUAUUUUAUAACAACUUAGAUGUUAAUUGACAUAACAUUAAUUAAAGUACAAGAAAACCCAUUACUUCCCACACAAGAUCCCAUGGACUUGAAGUGUGAAAUCAAUAUUGUUGAGGUACAUGGUGAUGGCAGUAUUUUUCCACCAGUGCUGACAGCUACUGUUUUUGGAGUUGUGAUUCUGCCGAGUUCAGAAAUUCUGUUACUAAGGGUUGAAUUUUUUUUUAAAGUUUGAACACAAGUUUAUUUUUUAAAAAAAUUCUAGGACUUAAAGGUUUAACAAGUUUCACUUUUGUUGUAAAUUUCAUUUUUUUCUUAAAAUUGCUUUAAUCAAAAUCUGCAUACAGCGUGCAGAUAUUUUCAUAAAGUUUUCUUGUGAUUUACCAUUAGUUGGAAAUAAUUUGAAAUCAAAACCAGCUUUUCUUUCCAACAGAAGACAAUCCUCAUGAAUUUCAGUUGUGCAUUUUUAAUGAAUAUUACAGCCAGGUUUUUAAGUAUUAGCUUUUCAACAUUUAUAUUUAAAUGAUUAUAGCAACAAAAUUGUUUGCAUGUUUUAAUUAUACUAUGUAUUGUUGCAGUGCAAGUGAAAACAUACUUAAAUAAACCAUUACCAAAAUUAUUAUAAAUGUAAAAUGUGAUGAGAGGUCCAUGAGAAGUACCAUCAUUGACAUUCUGAUUGCUCAAUCACAAGGUUGUAAGAAAAAUACAAACCUAAGUGGUCUCUAUUGGUUGGAAAAGUGAACUAUUCAGAUCUUGUGUAUCAGUUUCAAUAUUGUUCAUUAGUAAUGCAGCAAACUGUAUAUUCAUAGGGCUACACUCAGCGUUUAUAUCUGACUGAAAAUGAAGAUAGUAUUUCUGGUAGAUACAAACUUUUUAGUCAAGAUAAAGCUUGUUGAGUUAAUAAUUCACUCAGUGCCAUUCUCUGUUUCAAAGAACUAUAAUUUACUUUUGAAUCUGCUUCCACCACACUCACUUCCAGAUCUUGGUGUUUCUCACAUCACUUUAAAUCACUUGUUCUUGAUCCUUUUGCAGGUAGGAAUAGUUGUUCCCUAGACAUCUGUUUCAACACAUCAUGAUUUUGAAUACCUUCCACAAAUCACAUCUUGGUCUUUUCUCACAAAAAUAGUUCCAACAUCUCCAAUCUAUUUUCAUAACUGAAGGUUUUCUUCCAUUGAACCAUUCCUGUGAAUCUUUUCAAUACUGUCUCCUAUGCCUUUACAUACUGUCUAACAUAUCCCACCUACAACUUCACUUAAUACUCUGCUGAGGCUGAACUAUGUCUUAUAAAAAUAUGACUUUGCCUCCUUGCUCUUGUUCUCUAUAGCUCUCUAAUUAAAGCCUAGGAUACUGUGACCUUUAUUAACUGCUCUUUCAGCCUGCUCUGUCACUUUCAGCAACUUCUGUGUAUAUGCAUCUGGUUUCUUCUGUUCCUGUACCCUUUUUCUACUGUCUUUGUUUUCUUCCAAUCAAUUAAAUCAACAUUUCUCUACAUUACACUUGAUCUGUCACCUGUCCAUCCAUUCCAUUAACUUGUCUCUGAGCUCUUGGAGGUCCUUUGAAAUGGAUUCAUUUUAACGUAAUUUCAUCUGAGUAGCUGUCAGGACUAAAUAUUAAUACAAAUUACAGAUAAGUAAUGUGGAACACAGAUCAUUGACUGAUGUAAUAGCAUUUCUAAUGUCAAUAUAGACAAACCUAUAACUGGUAAAUAUGGAACUUAAAACUUUUACAAGUGACUUCAUACAAUGUAAUGUUUCAGGUGAUUUUUCUUGCAUAAAGCACACAGAUAAUAGAAGAUAAAUUUAUGAUUAAUCAAUCUGUCUUCAUGCCUUAUUUUGUAAAGCAGAUUAUGUACAUCUCUCAUUUUUGCUUAAUCUAAGUUUAUUCUUUUUUGAUUUUGUAAAUGGUUUUAUUUUACCGUUCUUGAUAAGGAAUUACCACUUAUUUACUUGAGACAAUUUUGCAAUUGAAUUAUAUCACUUCUAUGUGUCUUGUUCCAUUAUGUAGUGGAGCUAGAAAAUGCCAUGUUUCAGUAUUGAAGCCUUAAAAGAUGUUGUAGGUGUGCCAUUGACAAAAAGGAUUAAUUAUAAUGUUAUGAAACAGGAAUAGCAAGUCUUACUAUAACAGGGUUUGCAGUAGUGUAAUGAAAACAUUCAACGACCCUCAAAAUUGCCCCAUUGUUCCUAAAGAGACUUUACAAAUAACUGCUCUGAAGCAAAUUAAGUUAUGACCAAGUUUAUUAUUAAUUACAUAGCUUUAGCAGAAGAUAGAUAAAUAAUGCGGUAAACUAAGCUCUAAAGCCCAGUCUUCUUUGAGCAUAGCCUCCACUCACAGGCAGGCACAGGAAAGGUAUAUAUUUUAAAAUGUAGUCUUGCUGGGACAAUAAACCUUUCAAACAAUGAAUAUGAGGCCUUUAUGAAAUCCUUGGACAAUGUUUAUUUUCUUUUAACAGGCCUUCUUGAAUUCCAAAGUUGCCAGUUCAUAUAAACAGAUUCAGCAGGGACUAUACAGACUAUACAUUUCUUACAGGGACUAUUUUCUUAGAACAUUCAACAGUUCGAUAACUGGAAAUUUGAGAGAACAGAACAUAGCAACAGUCUCUAACGCUUCCAAAAAAAUCUCACUCAGCUUCGGUGGAUUAAAUUGCACUUGCCAUACACUGAUAGGGCGGUCAGUUAGCUCAGCUGGGUAGAUGGCAAUUCUGGCACCAGCUGAGAUUCCUUCUCAACAUCUCCCCUCAGGUGAAACCAACUCUAUGGUCGCGGAGGAUUAUGGCAACUUAACCUUUACACUGAUAUCAAUAACUCUACAGCUUUAUUCUUCACUAUCAACCACAUGUCCACCUUUUGUAAUAUAUCCAAAGUUCACAUUCAUACCCUUUAAUAAACAAAAAUUUGAUUAUCAUAUUUUACAGGUUUUUCUUUUGAUUGUGAACUAACAUAAAUGGGCCUGUCAUUGCAGGAGGGCAGGAAGAGAAAUCUCAAAAUUAUUUUCAAACCUGAUUUUUAAAAAAUUGGAUGACCUUAUUGGACUCAUUGGCCUAGGCUGAUCACAUGGUCAUUUUUCUAGAAACUUCUGAACCCCACCUGUACAGUAUAAAUACUCCAACUGAAGGACUGCAGCUGUCUGCUUCCAGCUAGCACAAGGCAAGAAACCCUGAAGGCCUACUACGCUAAAAUGAAUGCUAAGAAUUUUAAUUCCUUUUUCAACUAACAAUGGAAACUUUCAUGGGGAAAAUUAAAGUCGCACUGUUAGGUUAACGGGUAGGUUAUUAACUUAUCAAAAUCGGCCAUCAGCAUCUGAAAUGCCUGACUUUGUCACAUGACUAAAAAUGGAGUUUGUCGAAUUUCUUAAAAUUCCAAAAUUCAGGCAGUUAGGGUCUUAUCACCACAAGGAGAGUAACUGAAAGGCUUGCUUUACAUCACUAUCUCUCGAACGUCUCACCUCAAGAAAGAAUCAUUGACCUUAGCUGCCAAACUGAACUAAGUCUCCGCGUACCAGAACAAACAUCAUACAUUUGCCAUCAUCUGCUCCUCAGCUCCCAAGAAAAGAAUUGCUUUAAGCCAACAGACUUUCAAUUGGCUGCUGACUCAAUAGACUCAAAGUCAUGCAAACCAUUACCAAGUUUGUUGAUUUUGAGAAAUUCAUAGAUUGUAAAUGUUUCUCCGCCUACAUUGUAUGCUUGUGUGACUGAAUGAAGUGGCAAAGCAAUUUCUCACAUUAAAUGUUUUGUUAAUAAAUCCCACCUAUAGGUUCACCUUAAAGGAUUUUGUUGUGGGUUUACUUUAAUAGUUGGAACCCAAAAAAAGUUUGCAGAUCAUCUUUCAGCUCACCUCUUUAAAGGGAGGAAAAGGGGAAAGGUGUAAUUUAAAUUAACUUAAUUCCCCACCUGUCUGUGGCAACUGUAACUCCCAAAUGUCUGUUAUAUUUUCACCCAAAAUCAGGCCAGAAAAUUCACUUGGAUUGUUAACGAAAUAGUGGUUCAAUUUUGGGAAGAAAGGAGAAGAAAUGAGAAUGGAAUUAAUUUUGGUACAGAAGAUGUGAGGAGGAACUAUUUACAAAAUAUAAAAUUUAAGAAAUCACUGGUACAAUUGGUUUAUAAUCACUUAAAUAUAGCUACAUUGCAGGACAGAGCAUAUAUAUAAAGCAAUAAUAGUAUGGCAUAUGGAAGGUACUUCAAUAAUUAGACAAAUCAAAUUGGUGAAGGUAAUCCAAAGGAAAUGUUCAUAGCAUAGUCAGGACAAUAUUUCAAAAUAAUGCAUUCUGGAAACAACAUGGAACAGAUUACAUUUACCAGGUAAAGAAUAAUGAGACAGGUUUAAUUAAUUACCUUCUAGGUAAAAGUGAUCAUAAAAUGCUAUAAUUUCACAGUUUGAGGUGAGCCAUGUAGGUUUAAAACUAGGGGUCAAUUACAAGGGUAUGAAGCCAAAGUUGUCUCGAUUAAACUGGAUAGGGAGGUUGAAG